AUGCAAUAUGAUAAUUGCGUAGAUUAUAUUGAAAAAAUAUAUACUCUACAAUAUGAUGUAUUACUUAAGGACAAUCAAUCAGCUGUAAAUGAAUAUAUUGAUUUUUGUUCGAAUCGGCAAAUUUUAUCAAUUUUCGAUUUUAAUAACAAACAGUUACAUCUUUUUGGUAGUUCCAUAUCAACUAAAGAAGCUGAAAAACGAUUUUUCGAUUUGCAAAAUGAAUUAUUGAUUGAAAAUAUAAAAUCACGAAAAAUUGAUGGCAUUCUAUGGUGGUAUGAAGCAUGGGAUGCUACAUGGCAACAAUACAGUGUUAAAGUAACUUCUGAUAUAGAAUAUCAUUACAAAACCAAUAUAUCAUCUAUUACGCUCUUGAAUGAGUUAGGUGAACAAGUAAAAAUUGAUUUUCGUAAACUUGAAGAAAUUUAUGGUACACGUAUAAAACGUAUUCGUCGAUCGAAAAUUGAUGAAUUACAACCUAUUUAUUGGAAACUAACUCCCCUAAAUAUAGAACGAUUUUUACUUGAUCCUGAAUCAAAUGAAUAUAUUUAUAUUAAAGACAAUUUUGAUACAAAAAUGAAAGGACAUUAUACAAGAUUUAUAACUAUUGAACGUAUUCAAAAUAUGCGAUUAUUUAAACAAUUUUCUAUAUUACAUGAAGAAUAUUUAACUAAAUAUGGCAAAAUAGAUAAUGGAACGAUGCGUUUUUUAUAUCAUGGUUGUCCUGAAUCAGCUUCGACGAAAAUUAUCGAACGAGGUUUUAAUCGUAGUUAUUGCGGUGUUAAUGGUAAGUUUUAUUUAUCAAUUGAAUAUAUUGAAUAUAAUGAAUAA